AUGACAGCCCCGAUACAGUUUCAAAGCCCACUCAUCUUGACGUUGCGACUCGACAAAGCAACACACAAGCUUCUCACCGAUCUGCGGUCCAAGUACUUCCCACCACAUCGGAACUUCCUCACCGCCCAUGUCACCCUCUUUCACGCUAUACCUGCCCAUCGGUUCAACGAGCUCGAUGAUCAGCUGAACAGUAUAUGUAGCUCAAGGUCUGGAUGGGAUGUAUUCUUUGGAGAACCGGAGAAGAUGGGUAAUCGAGGUGUAUAUCUUAUAGUCAGAGAAAGACCAUCAAGUACAGUUGAGAGGAUACAUCGACAGCUUCUUACCGAUCUGAAGAGAGGUAUCAAAGAGGACAAAGACAAGUUGACGAAUCAGGAUUUGCAGACUAUGCGGAAGCCUCAUGUGACGAUUCUUAACAAAGCUAGCAAUGAAGAACAAGUGGAUACAUGUUUGAAGGAGGUGAGAGAUUUCUUCGACUCGUUGAAAACGGAAGGUCAGAAGGAGGGACAGCAUAAGGGGAGAGCGGUGGGAUUCGAAUUAUGGGAAUAUCUCGGUGGCCCUUGGAAGUCCAUCAAGCAGUAUUCAUUCAAGGGCGAAGAUAUAGAUAGUCCCGAAAAGCAAGGAUCUUAG